AGGUAAUAUUGUACUUUGAAAGGGAAGGGAGUUUCACCGUCGGACCGGACGGACCACUUUCAAAUCCCUUUUGAAGCAAAUCAUUUCCUUCAUUCAUUCACCACUUCUCAUUCAGUCCUCCCAACUCCCUAAGUGUGCGGCUCUCAGUCAGAACCCUUUUGCUGUCAUUGUUUAACCAUACAAGCCAACCCAUCUUCUUCUUCUGUGUCUCGAUUUCGCACGCCCAUUUUCUUCUCCACGCCUACUCAAAUGCGCCGCACGCGAGCUAUCUUCACCUUCACUUUUCUACAGCACGCGAGUGUAGUGUACCGAUAUAUGAUUACAACAGAUCUGGCUUUUAUGGUUUGAAUUCUGCGCUUCUACGUUUCGUUUCGUUUUGUUUUUUAAUCCUGGGGUUGAAGGGAGCAAUGGUUGCGGAGCCUUGGAUUGUAAAGAUAGGUAGUCAGGUAAGCUCCAAUAUCAGACACAAGCUCCUUCUUGAACCUUCAAAGAGGAAGAGCCCCAAAAACAACAAUGUCCCAAAGCAAACCAUAGGCAUCCUUUCCUUCGAGGUAGCCACCGUUAUGUCAAAGACCGUUCUUCUCCACAAAUCCCUGACCGAUUCCGAGAUCUCCAAGCUUAAGACCAAGGUCUUGAAAUCCGAAGGAGUGUUGAACCUGGUGUCCUCCGACGAGGUCCACCUUCUGGAGCUCGCUCAGUCGGAGAAGCUCGACGACUUGAACCGAGUCUCCAGCGUGGUGUCUAGGCUGGGCAAGAAAUGCAUCGAGCCGGCCUUGCAAGGGUUCGAGCACGUGUAUGGGGACGUCGUGAGUGGGGUUAUUGAUGUGAGGGAAUUGGGGUUUUUGGUGAAGGAUAUGGAGGGAAUGGUGAGGAAGAUGGAGAGGCUUGUGAAUGCGACGGCGAACCUGUACACUGAAAUGGAGGUGUUGAAUGAGCUGGAGCAGGCGACGAAGAAGUUCCAGCACAAUCAGCACAAGGAGAGUAAGAGGGCUUUCGAGCAGAAACUGAUAUGGCAGGGGCAGGACGUGAGGCAUCUCAAGGAGAUUUCUCUUUGGAACCAGACGUACGAUAAGGUUGUGGAGCUCUUGGCCAGGACGGUGUGCACAAUAUACUCUAGGAUUUGUAUCGUCUUUGGGGACCCUGCAAUGAAAACGAAGACCAGCCAAAGUGGGCUUGAUAUGCAUCGUCGUCUCCAGACGGGUUCGGGCGCGGAGCCAUUGAAACGGGUUCUCAGUAGGAGUAGUGAGAGCCAUUCGGUGGAGAAAAAGGUGACAAGCUACAAGUCUCAAUUUGAUUCUCGGAGGGGUGAGGUAGCACUGUUUCGACCUGAAGAGUUUAGUUUCCCGUGUGGAACGAGCCCCGGGAGGCUUUUCAUGGAUUGCCUUAGCUUAAGCAGUUCGGUUUCCAAGUUUGAUGAUGACGAUGAUGACGGUGAUCGAGACGACCGGAUUAGCCGAGUUUCAAGAGUUUGUAUCUCUGGCAAUGCUGGUUUGAAAAGAGAGCUCGUGAAUUACUCUAAUCAUGUUAAUCGAUCCCAAACUGGUGUUCCAUUUAGUGGGGAUCAACAAGAAUACAAGUCUGGUGUGAUGCAAAGUGGUCCCAAGAGCCGGUUGACGGUCUAUGCUCCUUCCACCACCGUAGGAGGCUCUGCUUUAGCCUUGCAUUAUGCAAAUGUCAUAAUUAUCAUAGAGAAGUUGCUUCGCUACCCUCAUCUUGUGGGCGAGGAAGCUAGGGAUGAGUUGUAUCAGAUGUUACCUACGAGCUUAAGAAUGUCUCUGAGGUCUAAUCUCAAGUCCUAUGUCAAGAAUCUGGCAAUAUAUGACGCUCCUCUUGCCCAUGAUUGGAAGGACAAUCUUGAUGGCAUUCUAAAGUGGCUUGCGCCACUUGCACAUAAUAUGAUCAGGUGGCAAAGUGAGCGAAAUUUUGAGCAACACCAAAUUGUUACGCGGACAAAUGUUCUGUUGCUUCAGACACUCUAUUUUGCCGAUAGGGAAAAGACAGAGGCAGCAGUAUGUGAGCUUCUAGUUGGGUUGAAUUACAUAUGUCGCUACGAGCAUCAGCAAAAUGCGUUACUAGACUGUGCCAGCAGUUUUGAUUUUGAGGAUUGCAUGGAAUGGCAAUUGCAAUGUGGAGCUACUUACCUUCAUUGACCAAAUUGGAUAUCAUGAAUCUAUAAUUGGGUGGUAGAGCAUUUUUCUUAGUUCCUGAUACAACAAUGAACUCACAGAUGAUAGUUCAACAGGAUGUGAGUAUCUGAUCUUCGUACACUGAAGACUUUUUAUUGUUGAAGACUGAUUUACUAAUGUAUCAUGUUGCAAGGGUUUGAGAAGAAGUGUUAUGUACCAUUGUUCGAGUAACCGCCUGAAAUCUGGUACUUUUUAGCCUUGGCUGAGUUACAUAUUGUGAUAUGACCUCUAGUCUCUGCUUGUCCUGGCAUUGCGUUUCUAGUGUAAAUGCCGUUGACACUGGGAUCCGGAUCCUCUCCAAUGUAUAGGGCAUUACAGGUGAUUCGAUUUCAUUAAUCUUGAUUGAUAUUUUGAAAUAAACAACCAGCAUUUUGACCACAUCAGCAAAAUUCUUUCUAACCAAAACAUUGCAGAGCGGAUCCACUCGCCACAGCUUCUUUCCUCCACCAUCUCCUGCGUGGCUUGACCUCCAUCAUCUCUUGUUGUUGUCGCUAAUAAGCAAUGCAGAGCCCACUCGCUGUCCCCAUUUGGUGAACAAUAGCCAACGAUUACAUGAUCAUCUGAGAAGUCAAAAUUCAUAUGAAAGUACUGCAUGCCAUCUGACCUGUAAAGAAUGAUAUGCGAAUUCAACAAAAUUGAGUCAAAAUCAUUUGAUGGUAGUGUAAUAAACAGGCAGAGGAUGAAGGAGCUGUGGUUUUGACCGUGGAGCCAAGUUUCAGCCUAAAAGAUAAUCAAUGAAUUUGGUUGGUCCAACAAGGAAAGCAUGUGCCAACACGUGGCAUUAAGCUGGUAGAAGAGGGCAUUGAGUCAUUGACUAUGAUAAUACAAUAGCCUUCAAUUUUGUGGUUGGAUGUCAUUAAUUUUUGUGGGGAUUUCUGACACACUGAAAGUUAGCCCCCGAGUUCUCAGUUGUAUAAAUUAUAAUAUAGCCUCAUUUUACUGGAAACUAGAUAUUCUGCAGUUUUUCUUUUCUUAAACAGAGCAGAGGCAAUCGUGUUUAGCAAAUUAUGUAUUUUUUAUUUAUUUUUUUCUUUUUCGGAUGGGAUAGCGAGUAAUGUUUCGUAUAGUUUCAAAAUAGACAAACCUAGCUCAAUUUUUUUAAGGGUAUUGAUAUAUAAAACGACUUAAAA